ACCUCUCUCUUCACUUCCCGUUUUGCCUUUGAAGAAUCCCUUCUUCUUUGAUUCAAAACUUCUCCUCUUUCCCCUUCCCAAUCUUUCUCCUCCUCUUCCUCUCUCUGAACAGGAGAAAGUGAAAGAGAACUAAAGAGACACGGUUAUCGAGAGAAGAGGAUCUGAUUUAUUCUUCUUCUUUAUCUUCCUCCAUGGAAGGGUUUUUCGUUCUUGAUUCUGAAGACUCUGAGGUUGCAGGUAAUACGAGAGGAGAAAAAAUGGCCAAGAGAUCUUCUUUGGGAAAUGUUGUGAUGAAGAGGCUCUCUGACAUAACCAACUCGCAGUAUAGACCCAAGUCCCCUUUCCAAAAAGAAAAACCCGGACCUGUUUCAUUCACGGUUAAAGAACAGAUCGAUAAGAUCUUGAAGGAAAACAUGGGGCUGUUGAGGCUUCUGGAAGAGAAGAACAAAAUCAUCGAAUUGAGUGGGGUUGAGUUGCAGAAAUUGCGGAUGAAUUUGCAGAAACUACAGCAACAGAAUUGGCACCUUGCUCAGACCAAUAGUCAGAUGUUAGCUGAACUGAACUUGGGUAGAGACAAGCGAAAAGUAAUACAUCAUGAACUUGCAUGUAAAGUAGCUCUGCUUACAGCCAAGAACCUAGAACUGCAGGAAAAAGAGAAAAGGAGAACUUCUCAAGAUACUAGCACCAAGGAGGGAACAACUAAGUGUGAGAAAGCAUCAGGGGACUCAUCACAAACUAAUCUUGACAAUAAGACUUGUAAUCCAAAUAGGAGGCGCCAAUCAAGGAAUCAAUCUUUUGGAUCUGUGACUGCUGCAACCCAACAAGGACCACAGAAGGAGAAAACUGAUAACAAAAGGCUUUGUUUAAGAAGGCAAUCUGGUAGGUUCAAGUCUGAACAGCUAGAACCUACUGAAGAUUUAUUUGAGAUAGAUGAUACUAAAUUUCCAAUCUCUCCACUGCUUGAUGAUCAAAUGCAUGAAGAUGAUGAUACCAAUUCACUGGAAUCAUCAAGUGGAAAAUCAAGUGCACAGAAGUGUGAAACUCAACCAUUCCGAAGAUCAUCUAUAGGCAGGCCUUCACGCAAGGCCGCUGAGAAGGUGCAGUCUUACAAAGAGAUGCCCCUUAAAGUAAAAUUACGAAGAUCUGAGUGAGUGGAAACAAACAACCCUACCCCUGUUUAGUAGGCACCGUAACCUGUCCUAUUAUUCUUUUCUACACUUUUCUGUGUAAGUAACCUGUGAUAUUAUUCCCUACAAGCUACACUGUUUGUUUCGUCAUCUGCAGAUGGUGAACAAAAGAGUACCAGUAAUGAACUAAUUGGCCAUCUUUUUUUGAAUUCAUCCAGCUGUGAGCAUUUGUUCC